GUCUGGGUGGAAAGAGGCGGGCUGUGGGGCAGAUUGGGUCAGGCACGCGCGAGGGCAGCCCCGGAGGGCCGUCCCAGAGGCCCCCGCGCCACCCGGGUCCUAACAGGCAGCACCGCCUUCCGACACAUGUGCGUGCAGCGCGAUGCCCAAAUCCAAGCGCGACAAGAAAGUUUCCUUAACCAAAACUGCCAAGAAAGGCUUAGAACUGAAACAGAACCUGAUAGAAGAGCUUCGGAAAUGUGUGGACACAUACAAGUACCUUUUCAUCUUCUCCGUGGCCAACAUGAGGAACAGCAAGCUGAAGGACAUCCGGAACGCCUGGAAGCACAGUCGGAUGUUCUUUGGCAAAAACAAAGUGAUGAUGGUGGCUUUGGGUCGGAGCCCAGCCGACGAGUACAAGGACAACCUGCAUCAGGUCAGCAAGAAGUUGAGGGGUGAGGUCGGUCUCCUUUUCACCAACCGCACCAAGGAGGAAGUGAAUGAGUGGUUCACGAAAUACACAGAAAUGGACUUCGCUCGAGCUGGAAACAAAGCAACUUUCACCGUGACCCUGGACCCGGGACCCCUGGAGCAGUUCCCCCACUCCAUGGAGCCACAGCUGAGGCAGCUGGGCCUGCCCACUGCCCUCAAGAGAGGUGUGGUGACCCUGCUGUCUGACUACGAGGUGUGCAAGGAGGGCGAUGUGCUGACCCCAGAGCAGGCCCGCGUGCUGAAGCUUUUUGGAUAUGAGAUGGCUGAAUUCAAGGUCACCAUCAAAUACAUGUGGGACGCACAGUCUGGAAGGUUUCAGCCGAUGGGAGAGGACUUGCCUGAGAGUGCGCCCGAGUCAGCAGAAGAAUCAGAGGGUGAAGACGACUGACAGGCACUUGGGGCCAGGACACG